CCCCUGGAUUUCCCUGGAUGGAGGAGCCGGACAGGUGGCCCUGCCACUGGCUGCAGCCGGGGCCCCACCCACCUCCCCAGCGUAUAAAGGGCCCGGCUGGCCUCCCUGAGUCACCGCAGGGCUGGGGGAACAGGCUCUGCUCCUCACACAGACGGCAGGAAGGAGCACUCGGCGGAGAGCGUCGCGGGAGGGCAGUGACGAUGGACCUGAUCCCGAGCUUCUCCACGGAAACCUGGGCUCUCCUGGCUGCCUGCCUGGGGCUCCUCUAUCUGUAUGGAACCUCCUCAUUUAGGACUUUUAAGAAGCUGAGAAUUCCGGGACCAACACCUCUGCCUUUUGUGGGAACUGCUCUGUCUUACCGCAAGCCCCUUGGUUCAACAGGAUUUAUGAAAGUUUCCAUCUUCGGAGCUGAGAAUGAACAAUGGAAGAGAAUACGAACAUUGCUGUCCCCAGCAUUCACCAGUGGAAAGCUCAAGGAGAUGUUCCCCAUCAUUGGCCGGUACGGAGAUGUGUUGGUGAAGAACCUCAGGAGGGAAGCAGAGAGGGGCAAGCCUGUCACCCUGAAAGACGUCUUCGGGGCCUACAGCCUGGACGUCAUCACGAGCACGUCAUUUGGGGUGAACAUGGACUCCCUCAGCAACCCCCAGGAUCCCUUUGUGCAGAAAGUCAAGAAGCUCGUAAAGUUUGACUUCUUAGACCCACUCCUCUUCUCAGUAACACUCUUUCCAUUCCUUAACCCACUUUUUGAAGCAAUAAAUAUCUCUCUGUUUUCAAAAGAUGCUACUGAUUUUUUGACACAUUCUGUUAAAAAGAUGAAAGAAAGUCGCCUCAAAGAUAAUCAAAAGCAUCGAGUGGAUUUUCUUCAGCUGAUGAUUGACUCCCAGAAUUCCCAGGAAACUGAGUCCCACAAAGCUCUGAAUGAUCUGGAGCUUGUAGCUCAAUCAAUUGUCUUUAUCUUCGCCGGCUACGAGACCACUAGCAGUGUUCUCUCCUUCCUUAUGUAUGAGCUGGCCAUGCACCCUGAUGUCCAGAAGAAACUGCAGGAGGAGAUUGAUGCAUCCUUGCCCAAUAAGGAACAUUUACCCAGCAUCUGCUCUGUGUGAGGCGCUGUCUUAGAGUCUGGAAAUGCAGCUGGAAGCAAAACAAAGCCCCUCCCUCUUGGAACUUACAAUAAAAGUGUGGCAAGGAGCACACACAUGAGAGCUUCCCAGGCAGUGGGAGAGAGCAGGGCCAGGGGGUGGGGCGUGGGGCAGGGAGGGGGCAUGAGUCCUAGAUAGGCUGAUAAGGAAGGCCUCCCUAAAGCGAUGACUUCUGAGCAAAUGACAGAAUAAAGCGAUCAAUACGAGAUGAUCAGUAAGUGUCAGCUAAAUGAAUCUGGGUGGUAAAUGAAAAUUUCCGUUGACAGCAGCACUUCUCCAGGAGAUAUCAAAACCGGCUCUUGGGUUCCAUCACUGUUGGUUCUGGACAGACUCAGCUCCUGCAGGACCAUGGAUUUUGACCGAGCCCGACUUGGACCAGAUGAAAGCGAAGACACUUUCCUGAACAAAAGACAACGGGACUUGUUGGAACCAACUGUGCCCACAGCCAUGGGCUCAUUUCCCUUCCACCCAGAUGCUACUUUCCAGUCCGUAAUUGGCACCCCCGAAGGGCCCCCUGCCUAGAAUUUGAACCUCAGUGCAUUUCUUCACUGGCGUAUGGACUCAGUAGUGUAUGCUUACUGUUCAAGAACUGGUAGUCAUUUAUUCUUUGAUGGUAUCUGUUCUGACCUAAAUAAAAUAAAGAUAGCAAGAGUAAAAAUGGGAAAAGGCCAAAAGUAAUUUUCAUUUAUCUGUAAAACCUUGCAUGUAUGAGGAUAGGUUUUAUUUGUGUUUAUCUGUCCUAUGUGGACUCUAAAUAUUCUUUCCUAUUUUUGCCAAUCCCACUGCAAUUUUGCACCCAGGGUGUCCUCACAGCUUCAGUUCCUGUUACCCUGAGUUGUGCUAAGAACAGUGACCACAAGUGGACACUGACUCCUGAAGGGCUUUCUGAGUAGCUCUUUGUCACAGUGGAAGGCCACAGAAAGAAUCCCUUUGAAAUACAGGAAGCAAGAUAGGAUUUACUUUCUGUAGCAGAUGAACGGACAGAGAUUUCCAAGGCCCUUCCAGCUGUCUUUGUUUCUAAGGAACGUCAUGUUGGUGCCAGUCAAGUGUCCAGUUUGCCAUCUGGACACUCAGUGAAUGGAAAUGUACAGACUUAAGAGCUGAGUCAUCACUCAACAAGUGUUUAGCAUAAUGCUGACGACUGUGGUUAACAUAGUGCCAUCACAUGAGGUACAUAUUUCAUCGCAAUAUUCUGCAGUAUUAUAUCCAUGCAAAUCAGUAAAGGGGUAUUCAUGAAAAAAUACUGUGUGAUGCCUAGUGUACUUCGAAGUGGAAUCCAUAUUUUAUACUAUGUUGUGAUUAUAUUAUAUUAGUUUAGAUUAGACUUAUAGUGUUACUUAGUAGUUUAUCAUCUCCAUCGUUGGAGGUAUAGCCUGGGAUCAGAUUGAAUGGGCAGAAAUCCAAUUUGACUGUUAAAAUAGCUGGGAUUUAAUUCAGCAUAACUUUGCUCAUUGAUUGGAGCAGUGUCCUUGAGCUUGAAUGACAUACGAAUAGCCCAGCGCUCUUGUUACAAUGCAGAGUCUGAUUCAGUCUGUCUGGGGCAAGGCCUGCGAUUCUGCAUUUCUGAGCAGCUCCCAUGUGAUGCAGAUGCUGCUGUCGGCUCUGGGUGACAGGAGGUUAGAGCUUUCCACGUGUUGGAGACCCCCUGUGCCAAGCAGGGGUGACGGGGGCUACGAUCUCUCUCUCUGCAGCCGAGCGGGGCCUGGAGCAGCUGGAGUCUCCUGGCUGCAUCCAGCUGAGAGUGACCUCACACUUUUACUCCAGUGAUUUAGUUUUUCUAUGUGAGCCAUAAUGGUGUAAGCACCAGCUUUGACUCUGUUGUCCCCAAACCAUCUGUUAGAUUUCUUUAAAUUUCAAGGGACAGAAAACACAGUCCAAAAUAACUUCAAUGCAAAAGAGAUUUCUUGGUUCAUGUAAUUGAAAAGGCUAGGAACGGGCCAGGCUUCAGGCAUUCAUUUGACGACGCCUGGACCCAGUUUUUCCUCUGUUCUCUUGGUUCCACUGUCCUCCAGGAGGAGGAUGGUUCCUUCAAAUCUCAGGUGGUUCCUUACACGUCCACACUGCCAGACUCCUCUUCUUCCCGGCAGGACCGAGAUGGUGGAGCAUCUCCAGACCUAUGUCCUCGCGGGCUCGAAUCCAGAAUCCAGUAGUUGUGUUACAUCUGGUUGACUCACGUGCCCACCCAGGGGGCUGCAAUGCCCCUGAGUCUUUGAUUGUGCUGCUCCUUCCUCCUCUCCCGCCCACCCAUCCGCCCACCUUGGGGAAGGCUUCCCCUCUCUCCCCUGCAGACUUCCCUCCUUUGAGUGGCACAGACAGAGACGUCCACUAAAUCAGCUGUUCUGCAACCUCAGCGUGCACCAGAGUGACACGGAGGGCCCGUGAAACCACAGAUGCUGGGCUCCAGCCCCAGGGUUUCUGAUUCUCUAGGCCUGGAGUGGAGCCUGAGAACUCGCCUUUCUGACCAGCUUCCUGGUGACGGUGUCACCACUGCAGGUCUAAGGGGCACACUUCGAGAACCACUGAGCCCUGCUGUCAAGCCUCCCUCUUUUGCAGCUUUUAUCUCCAGCUCUUUCCUUUUACUGCCUUGUAUUACUGCCUAGAUGUUUCUAUUUUCCUCUCAUCUCAGCCUCAUUUAUGUCCCUGGAAGGCAGGAGUUGGACGUCCCUGGUUAUGUAUGCCCCUCAUUGUCUAGAAAACAAUAGACACAAAAAAUAUCCAAAGCAUGUCUAGAUUUGAAGAGAAAAAAUACGAAAGCCCUUAGGUAAUUUGUGAGUCACUAAAGGCUACAGAAGAAUUAUUUUACCUGUAACUUCUUUCCUCUUAACAGUCCUAAAAUUGUUUAAUUUAUAUACAUCUUGGCAUCUUCCGCAUCAGCCCGCAAGAUCCCAGACUCGUUUACAACUUUAGGAAAUAAAGUUGCUUGUGCA